UUGAAGAUAUUGUGCUACUUUUCAUCGAAUGUCGUUUUCCCGAACGCUGAUUCCUAAAAUAUGUACUUGGUUACCGCAAAAGUUAGUUCUCCGAAUGAUCCGAAUGAUCCUUCAAAAUUAUCUUCCAUGAACCUAGACCUACACACUAAGUUUUUUUCGCUGAAACUCGGCAAACCGAUUGCCGAGAUUGGCACCGCCGAGUGCUCGGCAACCAGCUCAGCAAAAAUUAGAUUUGCCGGGUCCUCGGCAAUCACAAAAAAUGACAGCUAUCGAUUUUUUGCCGAGAUUCUCAGUAAAAAUAUUUGCCGAAAGCUCGGCAAAAUCAUUACCCAGCUUAAAUGAACUUACUGAAUCUCGGCAUUUGAUUUUGUUUUCUUUUGAGAAUGGAAGACAGUAUUGAAAAUAAAAUUACGCGUUCUUAACCCGCACGAAAAUACAAUAAAAGAGUUCUAUUCUUGAACAUUUAUUUUUCAUUGGUCUAUAAAAUUGGAAUGAAAAAUAUGUAUUUUGUUGCCGGAAACAUUCAUUACUCCCAGGGUUUCACCUUUCAUUUCAAAAUUGGCUACUGCAAAGGCGUACCGCUCCUCGACAAACAUCUACUAAUGGGAGGGACCGCUAUUCUAGAAUAAAUUGAAUAUGACGCUAAUUUCCAAUAAUUUAUAUAUAGAAGCUCGAUAGUUCUUACAUACCUAUCUGGACUUCGUAAUCGUUUGGGAAUGCACUUCAUGUGACUUCAGCACCACUACCACUGAUUUGUUGUUUUGUUUUUCACCAAAACAUGGCACCUGCAAAAGUGACAGUUGUAUUACCGAAAUUCAGCAAAGGAUUACACGAUUGCUGAUAUCUCGGUAAUCUCGUUUUGUUGCGACAGCUUCGUCCAUCGGAGCGCCCCCCGGAAGCUUUGGCGUUUAGUAGGAAUGUGUGAGUCGAUCGCUAUGAUCUGUCAGAGACCGUGAUAGUUAGAAUUUGUAAAUCAUUGUUUGGAUGCUGAAUUGUAUACGCAGAAUUGAAGUGAAUUACGAAUUAUAUUAUUUAAAUGCCAAAUUCUAACAUAAUUUCCUAUUAGAGUUACAGAUCAUUCUAUAUUACCCUAUAUGAGCCCUAAUUUGUACCGAUAUACAGGAUUCGAAUUGCCUAGUAAGGAGACCAAUUGUGAGUACGAAUUGUUGUUAUAUUAUGCAUCUAUUCUUAAACAAUAAAUUUACAGCUUUGAGCUGAUUCUACCGGGAACAUUGGUGAGUCUGCUAAAAAGAUCUCCGAAAGGUAAUCUCCGUUCCCAACAAUCUCAAAGAAUUGAGGCAUCGGUAUGCAGGGAUCAUUUGUUCGUCAGACACGAUCGAAAUCACGAGCGGCCGCCAGUCGUUCUCAACCGACCCGCGGCGACGGUACACAUCUCGAAAUUCCGGAACCGAUUGCAGAAGCUUUUGAGCCCUCGGUGAUAGACGUUGAACACGGCGAUGAUAACGAUUGUGUCGAAUGUAGGAGACCCAACAGCGCUGAGUUGUACAUGGUACGAUGCGGAAAUUGCAAGCAUUGGUACCAUUUCUCGUGUGCGAAAGUGGAUACAGUUACGGCACAAUCUAGCGAUUUCGUUUGCGGAAAAUGCAAAGCAAAGGAUCCACCUCCUCCCGCCAGCUCGCGUACCGGUCGUUCGAGUGCUGCCAGUUCAAAAAGAGCUCAGAUUGCUCGGGAACUACAACGUUUGGAAGAAGAGAGGUUGCUUGUCGAAAAGGCAAGUGACGAAAAGUUGGAACGCGAGAAGGAGUUCUUGGCUCGGAAGCAUGAGCUGCUUCGCCAGCAGGACGAAGAGGUGUUUAGUAUACGGAGUAGCCGCAGCAGCCGAAGUCAAGCAAGCAGUAGGCAGAAAGUGGAAGCUUGGUUCAACAACCAAAUGUCCGAUUUACCCACCGUCGGGUCAAACCAAUCAAUUCUUCAACAGGUCCCAGUGAGUGGACCUGCAGGGCCUGUUGGUUCGUCAACUCCUAUGGAAAUGAGCAGAGUGGCGGAGGUUGGUCUUCAGCGGGGUCAAGCUGGAACAACGGAAGUGGAGUCAGUUCCGCGUACCACCGACAGCAUUUCGAUUGGUGAGAGUCCUGGUGCCGAAGAUGAUUUCCAACAGCGAGGACAGCAACAAAAUGUAGAACGGUCGGAAAGUGUCCCGAAUUUACCGUUAGUGAACAUUCAACCGUAUAUUCGUCUCCUCGAAGAAGCGAACCCUACAUGCUCGCUAGUUCCGAAUUUGGGAAAAACAGAUGCGUGUCCGAGGAUCGUGAAGAAGAUAGUGGGACCGUCAUUACCCUACGCAGUGUGGCAACGCGAAACAAGCGAAAUGCGGAGACAGCAUGCUCGCGGACAGCAGCGCCAAGAAGAGGCAGACGAUUAUCGAUAUCAGUGCGAACAGGAGUUGACUGAUCUGUUGAAGCGUUCCGAGGAACAACGGAAGCAGGACAGGCUGCGAAUGCAAGAAAUUGAAGUACUGUUGAAGAAGCAGCAGGACAUAGAGAGACAACACCGAAGGGAGAACGAUGUGCGGCGAAGUCGUGAAAUGGAUUUAGUCAACCGACUGAAGCUCUACGAACAGCAGUACACACAGGAAAAGGCCAAGCGAGAUGAGGAGAAACAAUCAUUUCUGGCGAAGGAACAGCAACUGACUGAGCAGCUGGAGUUACUGCGUCUGCAUAGCGGGAAAACACCAGACGCGGCAGAGUUCGGAACACCUCCAGAGAUAGUUCAUCAGCAAGUCCCCCUAGUGAGUACUAACCCACCGGCAGCUCCGGUAAGUAGUUCUCAAAUCGAGCAAAACGACACAAGCCAAAUACACGAUGGUGAUCCGAGUCGACUGACACCUUGUCCAAGUGUCGCUAAUCAGUACAGGAGAGUAGGGCCCCCCUAUACACCAUUUGUAACUUCCCAGUUAGGGCCUCCUAUUGGCGAUACAGUAAGACAGUCAGGCUUUAAUGUAAACGAUCCAGCUGGUUUCAACCUUUUCGGGCCGGCCUACCCUCAACCGGUGGCGCAGGGGCCUACACCUCAUCAGAUGGCAGCAAGGCAGGUGAUAUCACGAGAGCUGCCAGUAUUUGGUGGUGACCCCAUAGAAUGGCCGCUUUUUAUCAGUAGCUACAACCAUUCUACCGAGGCGUGUGGCUAUUCAUCUUCAGAAAACUUGCUGCGUUUGCAAAGAUCACUGAAAGGAGCUACGAAGGAAGCUGUCAGUAGUUUUCUCCUCCAUCCAUCUACCGUGCCGCAGGUCAUAUCAACCCUCCAGACGUUACAUGGAAGACCUGAGCAGAUAGUCCACAAUCUUGUUGCGAAAGUUCGGAGUACACCCGCACCGAAAGCAGAGAGAUUGAAGACGUUAAUUCAGUUCGGUUUGGCUGUGCAGAACUUGUGUGGACACCUAAAGGCGGUGGGAAUGGAGAACCAUCUUUCCAACCCUAUCCUCCUGCAAGAGCUCGUGGACAAGCUUCCGGCAAACAUCAAAUUCAGCUGGGCGCUUCAUCAGGAAACUCUACCACUGGUUGACCUGAACGGGUUCAGCGAGUAUAUGAGGAAGGUCACAACCGCUACCAGUGGAGUUACAAACUUCUGCACUCCGGCAAAGUCUACGCAGGAAGAAAAGGUGAAGAUAAAGGAUAAAGCGUUCGUGAAUGCUCAUGCUACGUACGAGCGCAAGGAAUCAAAACCAUCCUACAAAUCAGUAGCUAGAAAUCGACGAGAACAGGCCCAGGAUUCUAGAGGAAAGAUCGCCGAAGGAAGCAAGUGUUGUCCAUUAUGUAGCGCUGAUGGACACACUACUGCGGAAUGCACAGCCUUCAAGAAACUUUCAGUAGAUGGACGGUGGAACUUUGUCAAAGACAAUAAACUGUGUAGGAGAUGCCUAGUGGCGCAUACUCGCUGGCCAUGCGAAGGCGAGCUUUGCGGGAUCAACAGUUGCCAGAAACGUCACCAUCGCUUACUUCACUAUGAGCCAUCCAAGAGGCAGGUUGUGAACUCCACCGACGCUACUGUUACUAUUCAUCGUCAGCCCGUUUCACCAACGUUGUUCAAAAUCCUACCAGUGACGUUGUAUGGAAAGAAUGGCGUCGUGAACACGUACGCAUUCUUGGACGACGGUUCCUCGGCAACCCUUCUAGAGAAGACCAUUGCGAAUGAGUUGAGGAUGAAUGGGAAGCCGCAUUCCUUGUGCAUCCAUUGGACAAGUGGAAUAAAUAAGCAGAUUGCGACAACGGCUCUGGAAACCUUCAGUAUUUCGGAGCCCGGAAGUCAAAGGCGCUUCAACUUAUCGGAAGUAUACACCGUUGAAAACCUAGGUCUGCCUGAGCAAUCGUUGAACUUUGAACAGCUGACGGAGGAGUUCAAGCAUCUGCGUCAUCUUCCCGUGAAGAGUUUCCGCAAGGCCGUUCCUGGAUUGUUGAUUGGAUUAAGCAAUUCGCACCUACUUACAACAACGAAGAUUCGGGAAGGAACAGAGGGAGAACCGAUCGCUGCAAGGACGCGAGUAGGAUGGGUCAUCUGCGGCCGUGUACGAGGGGGAGAAGAACAGUUCCAGCACCGUCAGAUGCACAUUUGCAUGGAAACGUCCGAUCGUGACCUGCAUGAUUACGUACGGGAAUUUUUCUCCGUGGAAAGCCUUGGCGUUGCCGUAGCACCCAACUUGGAGGGCAACGAGGAUCAACGAGCACGCCAAAUCCUACAAGAAACAACAGUUAGAACGGGUAGCGGAAAGUUCGAGACCGGAUUACUUUGGAAGCAUGAUGUCGUCGAGUUCCCGGAUAGUAGACCAAUGGCUGAGCGUCGGUUGAAAUGCUUGGAGAGACGUCUGGAGAAAAAUCCGCAGUUGGACGACAGUGUGAGGCAGCAAGUGGCAGACUACGAGUCCAAGGGCUAUAUUCACCGAGUUACUGAUGAAGAAAUGGCAAGUUUCGACCCCAGACGUGUUUGGUAUCUUCCAUUAGGCGUCGUGUUGAACCCAAACAAACCCGGGAAGGUACGCGUUAUUUGGGACGCGGCGGCAAAAGUUGGCGGAUCAUCGCUGAAUUCGAUGCUGCUGAAAGGACCCGAUCUUUUAACUCCGCAGCUGUCUGUUACGUUCAAGUUCCGUGAGCGAGAAGUUGCCUUUUCCGGCGACAUACAAGAAAUGUUUCUGCAAGUUGGAAUCCGAAAGGAGGACAGGAGCGCGCUAUUGUUUGUUUACCGCAAUCACUCGAACGAACCUAUAGUGACGAUGGCGUCCGAUGUUGCUAUCUUCGGAGCGACGUGUUCCCCGGCCCAAUCACAGUACGUGAAGAAUAUCAACGCAACGGAGCAUGAGGCUCAGUACCCAAGAGCAGCGUCGGCGAUCAAAAACAAGCACUACGUCGACGAUUAUCUUGAUAGCGUCGACACUGAAGAGGAAGCCGUCGAGCUAGCGUUAGAAGUUGCUGAACUCCACAGCAAAGCGGGCUUCCGCAUCCGCAAUUGGGUAUCUAAUCGGACAACGGUUCUGGAAGCAAUCGGAGAAGCUUAUCCGGCCGCAGUGAAAAGUCUUUCGAUGAACAGUCAGAGCGCUUUCGAGCGUGUGCUUGGAAUAUCGUGGAUUCCAGGUGACGAUGUGUUCUGCUUCACGAUUAAUCUUCAAGGAGACCUUGAAAGUGAGGUUGCGCCGACUAAACGUACGAUGCUGAGCUUUGUUAUGAAGAUUUACGACCCCUUGGGACUAGUGGGCUCACUAGUGAUCCAAGGAAAAAUACUGCUGCAAGACGUGUGGAGAGCUAAAAUGGAUUGGGAUGAGCAGAUUUCCGAAGAUCUGUUCUCGCGCUGGAAGCUUUGGCUGCAAAUGCUGAAGGAGUUGAACAACGUUCGCAUCCCUCGAAGUUACUUUCGGGGUUACGAUCCUACCUGUUUCGAUACCCUGGAGCUUCACGUAUUCGUGGAUGGGAGUGCACAAGCAUACUCGUCCGCAGAUUACUUCCGUGUUCGAGAUCGAGGGCAGAUACGAUGUGCGUUAGUUGCCUCUAAAACGAAGGUAGCUCCACUCCAACUAGUUUCCGUCCCACGACUGGAAUUGCAGGCAGCCGUAAUUGGAUCACGUCUACGUAAGACCAUCGAGGAUGGCCAUUCCAUAAAGGUAACACGCACCUACUUUUGGAGUGAUUCCAGCACUGUCGUCUCAUGGAUCAAGUCUGACACCCGUCGAUACCUGCAGUACGUUGCGUUUCGGGUGAAUGAGAUUUUGAGCUUAUCGAAAACUGAAGAGUGGCGAUGGUUGGGAACGAGGAUCAAUGUUGCAGAUGAAGCCACCAAGUGGGGAAAAGGACCGAAUUGUAACUCCGACAGCCGAUGGAUGCGAGGGCCCGCCUUUCUGUACGAAGAGAAGAAUAGUUGGCCAAAGGACAAGUUCGUGAUGAUUGAAGAUACGCCAGAGGAAUUGAGACCAGCUUACGUGUGCAGUCACUUCCUGUCAGUUCCCAUGAUUGAUAUUUCGCGAUUCUCAAAAUACGAAAGGCUGUUACGGAGCAUGGCGUAUGUCUAUCGGUUUUGUAAUAGGCUUCUACAACGAAUUGGAAGAAGGCCUUCCGAAGGUGCAUUGAGUGUCAGCGGUGAAGAUUUGCGGAGUGCGGAAAGGUGUCUCUGGCGGCUCGCUCAAUCAGAUGGUUACCCGGAUGAGGUCGCUAUAUUGACACACAACAAGCAGUCAACACCUGAAAACCAACAAUCGUUAGGUCGAAGCAGUUCGUUGACAAAUCUUCCUCCUGUGUUGGAUGAGCAUGGAUUGAUCCGUGUUGAUGGUAGAAUCGCAGCCGCAGAUUACGUACACUACGACACCAAGUACCCAGUAAUUCUACCUAAAGGACACCCGAUUACGGACUUGCUACUGGACUGGUAUCACCGAAAGUUUCGUCACGCCAACAAUGAAACGGUCGUAAACGAAGUGCGUCAGAAGUUUUUCGUCCCGAAGCUAAGAUCAUGCGUCCGAUCAGUUGCGAAACGUUGCCAGUGGUGCCGCGUUUACAAAGCCGUUCCUGCUGUCCCGAAGAUGAGUCAACUGCCUCGGCCCCGCGUUACACCAUUCGUUAGACCCUUCACAUUUGUGGGCAUAGACUACUUCGGGCCCUACCUAGUGAAGAUCGGUCGUAGUGCAGUCAAACGGUGGGUAGCGAUAUUCACUUGCCUAACCGUACGGGCUAUACACAUGGAGGUAGUGCAUUCGCUUUCUACCGAUUCUUGUAAGAAAGCAGUUAGGCGGUUCAUCGCUCGCAGAGGAGCACCACAAGAAGUCUAUACGGAUAACGGGACGAAUUUCAUCGGCGCGAGUAGAGAGUUGGAAGAUGAGUUGCGGAACAUCAACGUUACCUUGAGCAGCACAUUCACGGACACCAAUACCCAGUGGCGAUUCAACCCUCCCAGCAUGGUCCGAUCCGUGAAGACCGCACUGGGAACCCUACCGGAAUUAAGGGAAUUGGACGACGAGUCUUUCAUGACACUGUUGGCAGAAGCGGAGCAUAUGGUCAACUCGCGCCCUUUAACCUCUUUGCCUGUUGACAGCGAGGAGCAGGAGUCGUUGACUCCUAAUCAUUUUCUGAUGCUUAGCUCUACUGGAGUGCGGCAACCGAUCAAAGCACCAGCGUGUGAACGAAAAGCAUUGAAGAACAGUUGGGACCUCAUUCAACAGUAGUUGGACGCUUUCUGGAGUCGCUGGAUCUCCGAGUAUUUGCCAGUAAUAUCUCGCCGAUCGAAAUGGUUCAAUCACAUGACGCCUAUCAAGGAAGGAGCGUUGGUUGUUAUAGUCGACGGGAAGAUGCGGAACCAAUGGAUACGUGGACGGGUGAGCCGAACCUAUCCCGGCAAGGAUGGAGCAGUACGUCUGGUGGACGUGAAUACCUCUACAGGGGUGUUGAAGAGAAGAGCAGUUUGCAAGCUGGCCGUUUUGGAUGUCAAAGAUCCCAAGGAUGUGCAACAGGAUGGUCAUGGUGAUGAAGAUAGCGGAGGGCUUCGUGAACGCAGCGGAUAUGGUGUCGUCGAACCAGUGUCCGCACGACACGAGGGGGAGGAUGUUGCGACAGCUUCGUCCAUCGGAGCGCCCCCCGAAAGCUUUGGCGUUCAGGUACGAAUGUGUGAGUCGAUCGCUAUGAUCUGUCAGAGACCGUGAUAGUUAGAAUUUGCAAAUCAUUGUUUGGAUGCUGAAUUGUAUACGCAGAAUUGAAAGUUACAGAUCAUUCUAUAUUACCCUAUAUGAGCCCUAAUUUGUACCGAUAUACAGGAUUCGAAUUGCCUAGUAAGGAGACCAAUUGUGAGUACGAAUUGUUGUUAUAUUAUGCAUCUAUUCUUAAACAAUAAAUUUACAGCUUUGAGCUGAUUCUACCGGGAACAUUGGUGAGUCUGCUAAAAAGAUCUCCGAAAGGUAAUCUCCGUCCCCAACACGUUUACUGAUUUCGGUAAAAUCCGUGUUCACCGACAGGUUUAGCAAAAAAUGCUGUCAGUUUUCCAAUUUUUAAAGCAGUUUGCUGAUAUUUCAGUAAAAUGUUUUGAGUGUAGAAUUAGCAACUAGUUAAAAUACACAUAAAUAAAAACAAAAAAAAAAGUGAAAUGUUUUGAACAAUCUCGGCAAAAACAUUUUGUUUGCUGAAAUAUCAGCAAAAUUAAGAAUUGCCGUUCGAAAUCAGCAAAUAUUUCUGCCGAGCUCGAGGACCAAUUUUAAGUGUGUAUGCUCUAUGGACCUGUUAGGAUGUUACACCGCAUCAGUAAUGUAACAACAAUCUAUUGACUACGCUUGUAGAUCUGAAGGGCUUUACUCGCGGAAGUUCUUGGUGGACCUACAACAUCUUUGAAGAGAAAACUAUUCCUCUAUAAAUCUAUGCUCCAUAUAGGAUGUUGCACCAUGAAUGAAUGAAUGUGUCAACAGUCCAUUUGAUUACGCUUGUAGGCACUUACUCGCAAAAGAUCUUGGAUAACCUUGCUCCGAGAACCACCGGAUACAUUAUCAUCAGACAUUCUUUCUACAUAUCAAAUUCUUUAAUAUAACGGUCUUUUUGCACCUUUUUAUGCCAAAUGACUAUUAUGCGAGCUGUAUUUUAUGUAAAGUAACCUCGUGUCAAAU